GUGUUAUGGAUUGUAGUCAUGUGACGCGGAUUGUUAAACUUAUCCGUUUAUGAAGCACCAAAGGCUUAUCUUUGACGUAAAGACUAAACAAAAGUUUGUAAAAGUUUACGCAAAUUAAAAUUCUUACUCUCUCCUUUAUUUCUUAUACGAUGAACUCAGUUUUAUUUACAAAUAUUGUAUUAUCUUUUAUAAUAUUUUUUAUUAAGGAAAUAUAUUCGGUUGAAAUAAAAAUAUAUAAUGGGGAAGAAGAGCCAAAAAUAAAUGUUACUAUUAUCCCCUUAUAUGAAAUAUAUCCAUUAUGGUCAGAACAAGAAAUUAGAUGGGAAAGUUAUUAUGUAACAUAUGUAAAUCCUGAAGUAGAAGUAGCAAUAUAUGAAUAUGACCCAGAAUCAGAUUUUGAUCAAUAUUAUCCACAUAAAAUAUGGAACUUUAAUGAGCAGAAAGUAUAUUUAAAUAAUAGUAACAACAAUAAUAAUAAUAAUCCAGUUAAAUUUGUAGUACAAGAUAGUUGGUUAGGGGGUAAUUUGACCAAUUAUUAUGUUCAAGUUAAUCUUUUAAAUGAUACGAAAAUCUAUGGUAGGUCCUUUAGUUUUAAAAUUGCGAAAUCUAUUAUUAAAAAAAGAAAGAGAAUUUUUUAAAAAUUUUUCAAAAUUUCCCAUUCUGG